UUUCAGCCACCAGGAACUUGGAUACAGUGUGCUUUAGAAUCUAGGGAACUUCUUGCUUUGUGUUUGAAAAAAAUCAAAGCCCCUCUGAGUAAGGUAACAUUUAUUGAUGUAGCUGGAUGUGUGUGGAAAUAUUCAACAAGAAACAGAUCCAAAAGGAUGAAGGAAUGUAAUUGUUUUCUUUACCAGGUGAUGAAUGGUGCUAUCCUUCAGCAAGUGUUUGUGGUGGAUUAUGUUGUUCAGUCCCAAAUGUGUGGAGAUUGCCAUCGAGUAGAAGCUAAGGACUUCUGGAAGGCUGUGAUUCAAGUCAGGCAAAAGACUUUGCACAAAAAAACUUUCUACUAUCUGGAACAAUUGAUUCUGAAAUAUGGAAUGCAUCAGAAUACACUUCGUAUCAAAGAGAUUCAUGAUGGUUUGGAUUUCUAUUAUUCCUCAAAACAACAUGCACAGAAGAUGGUAGAAUUUCUUCAGUGUACAGUUCCCUGUAGAUACAAAGCAUCACAAAGACUGAUCUCUCAGGAUAUCCAUAGUAACACAUAUAAUUACAAAAGCACUUUUUCUGUGGAAAUUGUUCCAAUAUGCAAGGAUAAUGUUGUUUGUCUCUCUCCAAAACUGGCACAAAGUCUGGGAAAUAUGAACCAGAUUUGUGUGUGUAUUCGAGUAACCAGUGCCAUCCACCUCAUAGAUCCAAACACCCUACAAGUUGCAGAUAUUGAUGGGAGCACUUUCUGGAGUCAACCUUUCAAUAGUUUAUGCCAUCCCAAACAGCUAGAGGAGUUUAUUGUGAUGGAAUGCAGCAUAGUCCGAGAUUUAAAACGCAGUGCAGGUGCUGGAAUGAUAUCAAAAAAGCAUUCCCUUGGGGAAGUCUGGGUACAGAAAACAUCUGAAAUGAAUACCGAUAAACAGUAUUUUUGUCGCACUCAUUUGGGACACCUUCUAAAUCCUGGAGACCUUGUGUUGGGGUUUGAUUUGGCCAACAGUAACUUAAAUGAUGAACAUGUCAACAAAAUGAACUCUGAUAGAAUGCCAGAUGUGGUAUUAAUCAAGAAGAGCUAUGACCGUACCAAACGUCUGCGUCGUAGAAACUGGAAAUUGAAAGAGCUUGCAAAAGAUAGAGAAAACAUGGAUACAGAUGAUGAAAGACAAUACCAAGAUUUUCUUGAAGAUCUUGAAGAAGAUGAGGCAAUUAGAAAAAAUGUCAACAUUUACAGAGAUUCAACCAUCCCUGUGGAAAGUGACACAGAUGAUGAAGGAGCACCUCGAAUUAGUCUGGCUGAGAUGCUUGAAGACCUUCAUAUUUCCCAAGAUGCCACUGGUGAAGAAGGUGCAUCGAUGAUGACAUAAUGAGAUCAUGUUGUAGACUGUUUCUACACCUGUGGGCUCAGGAAGUUGGACAAAGUAACCUAUAUGGUCUAUUGCAUCUAUGCCUCCAGAUUGAGAGGGAGAUAUUUAGUUUUAAACCUGAAAAAACAUGACCAUUUUGAUUGCUCACUUGAAGCACUGAAAAAGAUUGAUGGCUUAGAAGUUUUAGAUAAUAAAAGAUUAUGGAGAAUAUAAUUAUUACUAAUAUUUAGUCCUUUUUUCAUGUGGAAUUUCAUCACUUUAUACAAGGCACUGUAGUAUUUCACAUACUGUAGUGCUGGAUUUAAAAGUUCAAAAGUUGUGAUUCCUUGGAUAACUAAAUCUUCAAGUGCAAAGAAGUUUUUACAUUCUUUUUAUGUUGAUUAUUUUAAUAAAAGCAUAUGAAAUAUUUAAUAUGAA